AUGAAAAAGGUUUUCAAAUCGAAGGCCUAUAAAGAUAAGUUAAAAGGACAUAAGGAUGGAGUAAUUAAGAUCUACUCUCCUUAUGGUCCUGACUCUGGUCUAUUGCUAUCUGCCUCUAAAGAUGGAUGCAUUAGAGCUUGGGAUUUAAUAGAGCGUAAGAUUACAGUUAAGCUAUUAUUAAGUAGAGAUGGAAAUGAUACUUCAUAGAUGGCUUAUUAGAAAGAUGAUGAUUAAUAAUCAGGAGAUGAUGAUGAUGUAAAUAGAGAUGAAGAAAAUGUAUAGCAAUAGAAAAACAAAGACUCAAAGAAAACAAUUGAUUAAUUUACAGCAGCAUGCUUUAGCGAGAAUUCAGUUUAUGGAGGUUAUGAAGAUGGUUUAAUUUGUUCAUGGAAUAUAAAAGAAGGUAGUUUGAAUUCCCUCUAUAAGGGACACUCUGAAGCAAUUACAGAAUUAGAAUUUUUAAAUACCCGUUUAUUAAUUUCUGCAUCACUUGACUAAACUAUUAGAGUUUGGGAUACAAUGAAUGGAAUGAAUGAAACAAUAUAUCAUUUGAAUGGUCCUGUAAACUUAAUGAGGAUUAAUAAAAAAUACAUUUAAGCAAUUACAAAUAAAAAUACAUUUGUGGAGAUAAACAGUGAUAAUUCUAAGGUUACUAAGAGCGUUCAUUUCACAAGUACUUCAGUUACUAGCUUUAUUACCUAUGAAAAUUAACUUAUUAUAGCUACAAUUAACAAUAUUAUGGAGGUUUAUGAUUUAGAUUCACUAGAUUAAGAAAAUGUUUAGCCAAAUUAUAUAAUAGAAAAUAAUAAAGAUUGGAUUUUAUGCAUGAAGAUUUUAGAUAAUUAUCUUUACACAGGUGGAGAUGAUCGUAGAAUUAAAGUUUGGGAUCUUUCUACAAAAUUAACGUUAGUUGAGGAUUUUAUAGGACACGAAGACGGAGUAGUUUGCAUAGACUUUGCUGAUAAUAUGCUUUAUAGUGGUUCAUUUGAUCAUUCUAUUAGAUCUUGGAAUUUAAAAGAAAUGGAAAAUCGUAUAAGAGAAAGGGCACAGAUGUUUAAAGAAGAUAUUUGGAGUAGAAAGUAUGAUGCUUGGUAUAAAGUUUUUUACAAGAAAAAAAAGAAAGGAAAAAAAGGAAGUAAAAGUAAAAAAUGA